AUGGACGACACCGAUCUCUGUACAGCCAAGAAGAAGUUCUCUAUCGGCUCCUCCUGCAUGAUAGCCUCCUUCCCUCCGCAAAUGCAUCCACCUCCUCGCACGACCUCAUCGAGCCGGAAUGUACAGGGGAUUGGCUCCGAGUUCGGCGGGCUUCUGACCUUUCAUAGAGCCGAGUUCCACAGCGUUCUUCUCCAACGACUCUCCUCCCGCUGCAAAACCUUCAAUUCCAAGCGUCUUCACCACUACGUCCAACCCCCUCAUGUUGGUGCCCCAAUACAGCCCCUCUUCCAGGACGGUUCAACCGCCACAUGCGACCUCGUCAUCGGCGCCGACGGGAUCAAGUCCAUGAUCCGUCGAAAAAUGCUCAACGAACAGGCUCAGCAAUUAGAACAAAGAGGACAGGUCAACGAAGAAGCUGACCUUCGGGGUCGAGUCGAACCGAGGUUGGUUCAUCGCACGCUUAUCCCUGCGGAUAAACUCCGACAAAUAGCGCCCCAGAAUCGAGCACUUUCCGUUCCUGCACAGGUCGGGAUCGGCUUUCAGUCUUGCGACUUGCGUUUACAGCACAUCAUGGCCAAUCCAAUAUCUCAUGGACGCUACAUCAACUUCGUCGCAUUCGAAGCGGAUUACUCAAGAGAAGGAUCACUAUACACAGACCCAUGGAUCUCGACAGUAGACUUGCGCGCGUUGUCCAGAUCGUUCAGCAAUUGGGAGCUUGACGUCCAGCAAAUUGCCAGCGCGCACGCAAUGACACCAUUUCAGGGCGCAGGAGCGGGUCAAGCUAUAGAGGCCACCUUCAUCCUCUCCUCCCUUCUCUCCCUCCCCCUAACGACACUCCGAACGCUCCCCCAAGUCCUCUCAAUCUAUUCCCGCGUCCGUGUUUCAUUCGCGAACAAGAUCGCCGAACGGUCACGGAUGAAGGGCUUGGAUUUCGCGUUGAAUGGGUAUCAUGACACAGGGAAUGGGGCGGGGAUGACGGAGUUGGGGGAGAGGAUACGCAAGAUUUUUUAG